GCUUAGCUGGGGCCGCAGCGCGGCGGCAACAUCACUCUCGCCGCCGCUGCUCCGCCCCAUCCCCUUCUGUUUUUCUCUCUCAUUCUCCGGUGGUGGCGGCGAGGAAGGCGGAGGCAGAGGCAGCGGCAGCCGCGCUGGCUGCGAUGAAUGAUCCCCCAGCGCGGGGGGAGGACUCCAGGUGAGCCUCUGCCCUCGGGAGGGUCGGGACCCCCGGCCGCCCGGGACCCGCAGCCCCGCUAUGGAUCCCUAGAGGAAGGAGGAGGAGGAGGAGAAGACAGCUCCGCCGCCCACCCCCAUCCCAUUUUCCUCUUCCUUUAUCUCAUUGUUGCCGGAGCUGUUUACGGCAGCGCUCCCUCUGCCCCAGCAUGGGGCGGGCUCCGGGCACUGCCAGUCGGCAGGCGCUGCUCCCGCGACUGCCGGGGGAUUCUGCCUAAUCCUACCUCCCCAGCCGGUGCAGCGAGGACCGGACAGCGGUGGAGGCCCGGACUGCAGCAGCGGCGGGGCCACCUCCCAGCAUCCCCGCCCUAGGAGGCUGCAUGCGGAUUGAAGAGCGGCGCCUGGGGGCUGGGCCGGCCCGCUGAUCCCCACCUAGGCAGCAGGAGAGCAGGACCGCCCCGGCUGCGGAGGGGGUCGGGGGCGGCAAGGGCAGCGCAGCAAGAUGGCCAGUAAGACCAAGGCCAGCGAGGCCCUAAAGGUGGUGGCCCGGUGCCGCCCCCUCAGCAGGAAAGAGGAGGCUGCUGGUCACGAGCAGAUCCUGACCAUGGACGUGAAACUGGGCCAGGUGACCCUGCGGAACCCCCGCGCAGCCCCGGGGGAACUGCCCAAGACCUUCACCUUUGACGCCGUGUAUGAUGCCAGCUCCAAGCAGGCAGACCUGUAUGAUGAAACCGUGAGGCCCCUGAUAGACUCGGUGCUUCAGGGCUUCAAUGGCACAGUGUUCGCCUAUGGCCAAACGGGCACUGGCAAGACGUAUACCAUGCAGGGGACCUGGGUGGAGCCCGAGCUGCGCGGGGUCAUCCCCAACGCCUUUGAGCACAUCUUCACCCACAUCUCCCGCUCCCAGAACCAGCAGUACCUGGUCCGGGCCUCUUACUUGGAGAUCUACCAGGAAGAGAUUCGAGACCUGCUCUCCAAGGAGCCGGGCAAGAGGCUAGAGCUGAAGGAGAACCCUGAGACAGGUGUCUACAUCAAGGACCUCUCCUCCUUCGUCACCAAGAAUGUCAAGGAGAUCGAGCAUGUGAUGAACCUGGGGAACCAGACCCGGGCGGUGGGCAGCACCCACAUGAACGAGCUCAGCUCCCGCUCCCAUGCCAUCUUUGUCAUCACCGUGGAGUGCAGCGAGCGUGGCUCUGAUGGCCAGGAGCACAUCCGUGUGGGCAAGCUCAACCUAGUGGACCUGGCCGGCAGUGAAAGGCAGAACAAGGCAGGCCCCAACACAGCUGGAGGGACAGCCACACAAUCCACGGGUGGUGGCAGCGGUGGAGGCGGUGGCAGCAGUGGCGGAGAGAGGCCUAAGGAAGCCUCCAAAAUCAACCUCUCACUGUCGGCCCUGGGCAAUGUGAUUGCUGCUCUGGCGGGCAACAGGAGCACCCACAUCCCCUACCGGGACUCCAAGCUGACCCGGCUGCUCCAGGACUCUCUGGGGGGGAAUGCCAAGACCAUCAUGGUGGCCACACUGGGGCCAGCUUCUCACAGCUACGAUGAGAGCCUCUCCACCCUGCGCUUUGCCAACCGAGCCAAGAAUAUCAAGAACAAGCCCCGGGUGAAUGAGGACCCCAAGGACACGCUGCUGCGGGAAUUCCAAGAGGAGAUUGCCCGCCUGAAGGCCCAGCUGGAGAAAAAGGGGAUGCUGGGGAAACGGCCCCGGAGGAAGAGCAGCCGCAGGAAGAAGGCCGUGUCAGCCCCGCCGGGGUACCCCGAGGGGCCCGUGAUUGAGGCCUGGGUGGCUGAAGAGGAGGAUGACAACAACAACAACCACCACCCGCCCCAGCCCAUCCUGGAGUCAGCCUUGGAUAAGAACAUGGAGAAUUACCUGCAGGAGCAGAAGGAGCGGCUGGAGGAGGAGAAGGCAGCCAUCCAGGACGACCGCAGCCUGGUGAGCGAGGAGAAGCAGAAGCUGCUGGAAGAGAAGGAGAAGAUGCUGGAGGACCUGCGGCGGGAGCAGCAGGCCACAGAGCUGCUCGCGGCCAAGUACAAGGCCAUGGAGAGCAAGCUGCUCAUCGGGGGUAGGAACAUCAUGGAUCACACCAACGAGCAGCAGAAGAUGCUGGAACUGAAGAGGCAGGAGAUUGCCGAGCAGAAACGCCGUGAGCGGGAAAUGCAGCAGGAGAUGAUGCUCCGAGAUGAGGAGACCAUGGAGCUCCGGGGCACCUACACGUCCCUGCAGCAGGAAGUGGAGGUCAAAACCAAGAAACUCAAGAAGCUCUACGCCAAGCUGCAGGCGGUGAAGGCAGAGAUCCAGGACCAACAUGACGAGUACAUCCGGGUGCGGCAGGACCUGGAGGAGGCGCAGAAUGAGCAGACCCGGGAACUCAAGCUCAAGUACCUAAUCAUCGAGAACUUCAUUCCUCCUGAGGAGAAGAACAAGAUCAUGAACCGGCUUUUCCUGGACUGUGAGGAGGAGCAGUGGAAGUUCCAGCCGCUGGUGCCAGCUGGAGCCAAUAACAGCCAAAUGAAGAAACGGCCGACGUCUGCAGUGGGCUACAAGAGACCUAUCAGCCAGUACGCUCGGGUUGCCAUGGCAAUGGGGUCCCACCCCCGGUACAGGGCUGAAAACAUAAUGUUUUUGGAGUUGGACGUGUCCCCUCCAGCUGUCUUUGAGAUGGAAUUCUCUCAUGACCAAGAACAAGACCCUCGUGCACUACACAUGGAGAGGCUCAUGCGGUUGGACAGCUUUCUGGAAAGACCUUCCACAUCUAAAGUCCGAAAGUCCAGAUCCUGGUGCCAGAGUCCUCAGCGGCCUCCACCCUCCACCGCACAUGCCUCCCUGGCCUCCGCUUCUCCGUGCCCUGCGACAGUGGUGGACCAUGAGUGACAGUGACAACCUUCACAUCAGGCUGCCCACCCGACGGACUCCUGGGAUGGGGUAGCCAACCCCGGCUCAUCUCAUCUGCCGCUUGCGUGUGCGUGUGUGUGCAUGUGCGUGUGCGUGCGUGUGCAGGGGUGAGGGUCUGGCAGACGGCGCCUCUGCCUGCUCUCCUCCACCUCCUUUAUUUAAUUCGUGUUAUUUAUUCGUGGAGCUCAGCUUGUGUGGGGGCGAUGCCCUGGCCUGAGUUCUCUGGGCCUGCCGUGGUCACUGCGUAGCCUCCUUUUCUUCUGACUUUAGACACCCCCAGUCAGACCUCAGACUUCUCUCCCUGUGUCGGCUGCCCCCGGAAGGGAAGGUGGCCAGUGCCUGAGAAGACAGUACCUUUUCUACCUGUCUCACUCCAUAACCUCCAUCUCCUCCCACGCUGACGGCGAGCAGCCCCUAAGCACUUUCUGGGACCAGAAAACUGCUCCGUGUCCACUGCGGACAGGGGACAUCCUGACAGUGUUGGUCCUAUGCUCCCGGUGGACAGAGCUGCACUCUCCACUUUCUGGGCCUCAAACAACCUCUUUAGGCCUCUCGGGCUCCUUUUCAAGGAUGUGAACGACCUCACCAACAUGGCCCAUGCUCUUCAGCUUUGGCAAGAACUCACGGCUUCCCAAACUCUGCCUCCUGCCCACCUUCUCAGCCCUUGGAUGGGAAUUGCAAACCAACUGGUUGCUGCCGCCGUGGGACCUGCAGGAAAUGGAACAGUAAUUGAGACAACUUGGACAGUCAUCAAGGGAAGUCCCUCCUCUAGGUCUCUUUGUUUCUGUCCCCUCUGAGAAGUAACUUUGGUCAACAAGCCUUCAAGCCAAGUCCCCAUUUUUGGGAUGCCGCUCCUUCUGUUUGCUCAUUUCUCUCUGGGGCUGCCUAGAUCCUAGUUGCAGUGCAAGGAGUUAAUGUCAUUCCUCACCCCUGGCUAAACAAAGGUAUUAAAAUCUGUUGCUUUUCUCCUUCAUUGAGCACAGGAAGCAGAGACCCAGACACAAUCUUUUCCAGCUUUGCCUAUUACCCCUGUUUCUGAAUCACAUCUUUUGGGUACUGUUUUGUUGAAAACUGAUCCUUUCCUUGCCAGUUGUGCACAUUGGUCCCAAGGGGGUUACUGCUCACCUUCCUUUGUGACAGCUCAAAAUGUCUGCAGGUAUCUCAAGUGAUAAGUAAAUUUCUAAAAAAAAAAAAAAAAAAAAAAAAAUUAAUUUUCAUUGACUUACUUUUUAUAAUAAGUAUAUUAUUUUGGUGGAGGGGUGAAGAGGUAAGCACGAAGGCAAACAAAUGAGUUGGGAUUUCAAAAGCUCUGACAGUGGGGGUCUCUCGUUCCUAGAAUAUGAGUAGUUCUGUCACUGGGGUAAAGGCAUGAGACUGACUGAUCUGCCUGAAAUUUGCUGUGUGGGAGGUGGCAGUGGGAGUUACUCUCUUUCCUUCGGGAAAUGAACUCUUCUUGCACUGUUCCAAGUCCUGCUUUGAGGAUCAAGCUUUGGUUUGGUUUAAGUCUGUGAUGCUGUCAUUUCUGCUGUCAUUACUGGACCAGAUGCUUGAGGCACCCAAUUGCCAUUUGCUCCUGUCCUUCAAGGAAAUCACAGUUUUCAUCAGAGCCCAAGAGAUUAUUUGAGACUCAGGAUUCAGAUGAGAGGUUCGGCUGUGGCUGGGACAGGAGUGGUGUGUAGAAAUUCCCCAGGCAGCCUGGGCACAGGGAGACCUCCAGGGCUGCAUGGAGCGGCCCUCCCACUGACCUCUUUCUCUUGUGUGGACGAAGCAGCACGUAUCGCCCCAUUCAUCACUUGGACACAUUGACCCUACAUUGUCUUGUCACUCCUCCCUCACGGUCUUAUAGCACAAUAUACCCACUUCACCACCCCAGUCUGAGGGCUGGGCCCGAGGUAUGGUCAGAGGAGAAGCUCCUUCCUGCAGUUUUGUGUACGUGUGUACGUGUGUGCGUGUCUGUGCGCGUGUUUACCUCCACAGGGACUCUCCACUCUCAGCGUAAGACAUGCUGGGAACAGGGCCACCGGGAGUGGCUGGAUCUCAGUCUCUCUGUCUCUCUUUCUCUCCUUUUCCUUUUGAUGUAUCAAACAUUGAUUGACAAAGUAAGGGCCUUGAUUAGGACCAAAUUUCCAUGUCUGUUGCUAUGGUCUUUAUUUAGGACAACAGUUAAUGCAGUGGCCCAUUCUUGUCACUCUAUACAUAUGACUAUAUGGGACAUAUGUAAUAUAUAAGUAUAUAUAUAAAACAUUACCCUCUGUCCCCUUGGCUUAGGACGGCGGCCUCUCUGUUGACUGAAACGCACCUGCAGCUCGGUGCGGCCAGCAGCCUGCAGGCCCCGCCUUGUUCAAAUUAACACAGUCGACAAUAAAGGAAUGAGUAUCGUCA